GCCCCCCCGCGCCGCGCCGGGCCUCGCCAUGGCCCUCGGCAACGAGUGCUUCGGUGCCCUCCUGGGGAGGACCGUGAAAAUCACGCUGACGUGCGGCGCCUUCCAGGGGGUGCUGCAGCGCGUCAACGCCGACCGGAGCCUCGUGCUGCGCGCAGUGAAAAACCUGGACACUGGCAGAAGCACCCCUGGAGCAAAGAUGUUCUUUGGCCGUGAAAUAGUCAACGUGGAAUUGCUGGAUGAACCAGGUUCAGGGAAGGGAACUGCGACGCUCUCAGAGUGCGCGUCAGCUCUUGAAGGGAACACAGAGGCAGAGACGGGUGGAUGGGCAUGUUGUGACCCAUGGAGUUCUCCUUGCAUUUCCCUAGAGAGCCAGCUGAGAGCCUGGAAUAGCUUGAAAAGCUGCCUUUCAGGGAAGGAGGGAGAAGAGAAUGUGGACUACACAGUUGUUGAUUGCUUCCAGCAGAAGUUUGGCUCAGCAGUGCUGCACCUGAAGCAGCAGUCUGUUGUCAGUGUAGUAGCAGAAGGAGUUCAUCUGUGUCGUCAUGGAAGGCUUGCGUGGCUUCAGAUAGCAACAAAGAGCCAGAUUUUCCUAUUUGAUAUUUUCCUUCUGGGACCUCGGGCUUUCAAAAAUGGGUUACAAAUGGUGCUAGAAGAUAGAAGCAUCUUGAAGGUCAUGCAUGACUGUCGCUGGAUCUCAGACUGUCUCUCUCACCAGUAUGGAGUCCAUCUCUCCAAUGUCUUUGAUACGCAGGUUGCUGACGUCCUGCAGUUUUCAAUGGCAACGGGUGGCUUUCUUCCGCACUGCAUCUGCACCUUACCCGAGUGUUUGAUGCAGCACGUAGCAGUAUCUUCCAGAUCAGCUGCCCUCAUGAAGGGCAGGGAGCAAAUGGCUUGGGACAAUCCUGAUAUUUGGUUCCUGAGACCCUGUCCACCUUCUCUGCUUAAAACACUUGCUCUGAAGGCCAUGUACCUUCUGCAGCUCCGCUCAUCCCUGAUGGAUAAGUUGAUGUCUGACCUAACAGCCCUGGUGGAUGAUUACAUCAAUGCUUUUCGGAACAAGUCAGGGGAUUGUCUGGGAAGCACGAAGCCCACUUGCAUGGAGCUCCCAGAGGAGCUGCUUCAGCUGACAGACUUGCAGAAGCUGCGGAGGAAGAAAGCAAUGGAGGACUACAAGAUAAACGAGAACGGUCUUUUGAUCAGACCAGCCAUGAAAUUAAAAGAGAAAAAAGAUAUGCAGAAGGAUGGAAGCCACAGAGAAGUCGGGGAUUACCUUCUCACAAAUAGAGAGCCAUGUCAAACUACAUCCUACUAUGAUCCAGAUCAAUUUUGUCAAGGAAAACAUGAAAAUCAAAAUCAUGAUGAUUAGAUUAUAGGAGAACCCUGACUCAACCUCAGAAUGGCUGUAAAAAGUCUUUCUGAUGCAGGUGACAUGGUGAGUGCAGAAUGUGUAUCUUAGCGCAUCCAAAUGAAUGAAAGGGUCUAUAGCCUGUGCAGAAGCUUUAGACCAAAGCUCCUGCUUUUACCGGACAGGUAAACCUAUUGUUGGAGAGGAAUAAUUAUGGUCUCUCUAAGCCAAUUCUUGCUGUGUAUGGCUUUUCUUUUCAAGAUUUAUUUCAGGUUUAGAGUUUACCCUUUCUUCCUCUCUUGCCAUGUUGGCAAGGCUUGAGAGCACUGCCUCGUAGCAGUAGCAGUCACUGAAGGUGUCUUAGAGUUGGGCUUCCCAAUUCCACUAAAAAAUGGGUGAAGAUGCUUCACUAUUUAGCUCAGUUUCUCCUUCCAUCUUCUGCUAUCAGUUCAUCCAAGCAAAUUAAAGCUAUUUUUGGUAUUAAAGUGGGGACUUUAAUUUUUCUUGCUGUUAUUGUCAGAUCAGCAUCUUAAAUAUAUUGGUCCUUUUGUUGUCCCCUGUUGCAGGUGUGUGAAGCUCUUGCCCAAUCCAAAUAUGUUGGCAGAGUUUGCAGGAGGCCUCUUUCUUGAAAUUAAAAGUGAAACUUACUUGGGGAUUUACUUGGGAAAAAAUAAAAAUGUCUGGUCAACCCAUGGGGACUUGGUUCAUACACAGAUACCUCUUUGCAUAGCUGUUCAUGGGUCUUGUGAAGUGAGACCAGAAAGAUGGCAUCCUAUGGGAAAGAUACGCUUAAAAAAACAAGUGUCAUGCUAAUGUUCCUGCCUCUGCCCUGCUGGGACUACCUUAGGCCAUAAUGAACAAAGUUUUCUGCUCAGAGUGGCACCCCCAUGAUUGCUUCCACGGCUGCUGUAUCAACCUAAUGUAGAUAAAGCUGUAACUGAUGUGGUAUGGACAUAUGUCUGCCUGGUAUCCCUUUCAGCUCAUAGCACUAUCCUGCUACAAUGGCACAUUGAGGCAGACCGUGCCUGAGCCUUAGAAGGGCACUGAAGAGUUUUGGUCUUUGAAAUUCUCAAUCUAUAUACAUGUAUUUAAAUACAUUUUAAAAAAAUGAUCUGCGGGAGUUAAGCUCUUUCGAAAGAGUGGAGAGCACUUAGUGUAAGGAAGGCUGUUGAGGUUGUGCUUAGUUGUGAUUAAGUGUCUGGGAGCACCGAUGAGGCAGAGAGCAGGUAAUGGUCAGCUUGCCCGUCAGGGAUUGCAGAACGAGCA